AUGUGCACGCUGGUGCAUCGGAUCCCAGACCAAGUAAAUGCUUUGCCACUCUAUGGCAUGGAGGGUGCGCUAAUGACGAGCGCGAGGGCCAAUUCGUCCUUCGGCACAGGGCCUUCGGCCAAGGAGGGUCAGGGAGGCUCAGUCUUGGAUGCACAGCAGAAGGGCCCACGCGGCGAGUUGAUCCCAUUCCUGGAGACCGGGAUCAGUUCUCUCAUCAAUCGCGACGAACUGCUGCUGGCGGACGAGCUAGCUUCAGGUUUUGGAUAUGAAAGUUCAGAUCAAAAACUGGCCGCGGCUCUCUCUUCAAUUGCUGGUGGCAAACAUUUGGAGGCUGUGCGUCGCUUGAAAUCUCAGCAGUCGCCAUUAGAGCCGAGUGAUUCAGCCUUGACAGCUGCCGAGCAAGGCGAUGCAGAACCCUUGUUGAAUGAGUUGGGAUCGCACUGCUCAGACAGGAUUGCCCUGUACUGCCGUCGCUGUAGGGUUUUCUAUUCGGUGUCCAGAAACAUCGGAAUGGACUAUCAAGAGGUUGAGAAGGUGGAGCCCACCAAACUGCUGUCUUUGCUUCUCAGCCCUCAGCCCUACUGUGCGGACAUCGAGCUGUGUAGGAAUCUCAUCACAGGCUUCCCAAGGCUUGAUGCUGUGGCCGUAGCCGAGGUGCUCUUGGACUCCUUUAUCGAAUCCAUGCUCUCGCAGGGUGUCAUGCGGUGGGCGGAAGAGAAGCUCGACGAGUUUGUGUCGCUGCUGAGCCCGUCACAGGAGCUCUUGGGACAUGCGGCGCUCCAAAGAAUUCCAAGCUUCAGGGAGCUGGUGAAGACGGAGCAUGGCUCUGUGACCGUUCCCAGUCAAGUCCUUGAUCCAGAGACGGAGGUUGAGGUGCUGAUAAUGGCCUAUCACUCCUACGUUCAGGGCUGCCGGGAACGUUCUGUCAGCGAGUUACUCCGGCUUCUUCAAGCUCGAGCAGAGUUUUAUGUGGCUCGGGGGCACUUCCAUUUGCUUGUUCGUCUGCUUGUAGCCAUUCCCGAGUACCACGCCAUGGAGUAUUUAUUUGGGCAUCUCGUUCGUCACGGUGAGUUGCACGCCCUCCUGGCUGAAGGAAGGCGACGAGGGCAGGAUGCCACGAAGUGCGGUCAGCACAUUGCGCUGGCUGUGGCCCUGAUAAGGUACUUGCAGGUGAAUUUUCCCCUCGACUUGGAAAUGCUGGUUCAGGUUCACUGCAGCUUCGGCUUAGAAGCAGAGCUGGCAGAGCUGCUGGAGACAAAGGCUGGCCAAGUGGCACUGCGUCUAGGCCGAAAAUGGACAGACAUCUGCUCUGAGGAUGGGGAGGAGCAGCUCCUGCUUUGCCUCUCCAUGUACCUCCAAUGUGUCCCAGUCUCGGAAUUGGUGCCGUCCUUGGCCUUGGCCGGUUUUGAAGGGGUUGCUGACGAGGCACGCCUGUUUCUCAAAGGGAAGCGCCACCAGCGCCAUUUGGUAGCCAACGAGCUUGCCGCGCUGAUAUGCUUGCAGCUCAAGGCGAUUUAA